AUGUAUCUGAGGAUGGAGAAUAAGCAUAUAAAAAUUAACAUUUCCUAUAGAUUCGUUCACAUUAAAGACCCCAUGAGUUACAAUCGAUGGAUGAAUAAAAAAAUUAUUUUUUGCGCCGUUUCUGGCAUUUGGUUGGUCUCAGGAUUGGUAUCGUUUGUGCCAAUAAGUCUUGGAUGGCAUCGACCGACCAGUGAUACCAAUUUGGAUAAAAACUACACAAUAAUCACUGAUAUGUUAGAGGAGAGACCUCAGUGUGAGCUCGACCUCACGCCUACCUAUGCUGUUGUGAGUUCAACCAUCAGUUUCUACCUGCCCUGCAUUAUAAUGGUCGGCCUCUACGCCAAACUGUACGCUAUCUGUCAGAAACAUGUCAAGAGUAUUAAGUCAAUGACAAAACCGAUUCACGUAAGCGGACAGACGUAUAAUCAUCACAUCACUGAACAUAAGGCUGCCAUCACUUUGGGUGUCAUAAUGGGAACAUUCUUAGGCACUAUAUUUAAUACAGAAUUUCGCGAAGCUUUUCGACGGAUAAUCGUCUCAUACAUCGCUCGCGACCAGUGCUGUAAUACGGGUGGCGAUAGACAGCGGUGUUCGUCGCGUUCGGGUCCCGACAACGUAGGGACGGCACCCGUGGGUCACGGCUUCUCUCCGUCUCCGCAUCACAUUCCGAGCCCCGCUUUGAAUCGUAACGUGAGUUCCAGUGAUAUACAGCUUCCGGUGCCGCUUAUGGGACACAAAAUAGAGAUCACAUCUAAUCUAUGCGAUGGAAAGAUAACAGACAUCUGAUCGAAAGAGUUACCGGUGGAUAAACUGAUGGGUUAUUUGUUUUGCUAAAUAUAUUGUUAUUAUUUUAGUACCAAAAACUACACUUAACAUAGAGAUAAACAAAUGACAAAAUUGUAUAUUAUUCUCAUUAGAUGUGUAUUUUAUGUCUUGAGUUAUACAGUAUAUAAAUGGCCUGCAAUUGCAAUCAUAAUCACAAUAGAUAUGUGCGUUACGUGUAAUUGAAAAACGUCUUGUAUUUUGUGAGACUUUGUGUUUGGUAUAUAAC